UCUGAGGUGUGAUUUUACUUGGCCAGAGCAACUAGUAGCAGUCUAGCGGAGCCGUCCCCUGCGAGCAAGCACGGCCGGCGGCGCCCUCGCCGAUGCUUUCCCAAACCCAAAGCAUCGCCGCCGUCCCGCAUCGCGCACGACGGACAGCGGUCGGCCGGUCGCCGCGACAACGUCUGCACUGCCAUAUAACUGAACAAGUGAGCCGAGCCGCAUCUUUCCGCACCGCGACAUGCCUUGCCGCCGCCGCCGCACCCUAUCGAGGCAACAAACACCCACGCUAACCGCUCCCGCCGCCGCCGCGGUCCCAACUCUCCCGCCGAGCACCGCCCACUGCCAGCAAUGGAGGCCUGCCUCCUCAAGACCCGACCGCUCCACGCCCUCCUCUCCGACGCCAGCACCUCCCGCGCCGCACGCCACUUGUUCGACGCGGUGCCGCGCCCGACCCCGGCGCUCUGCGGCAUCCUCCUCUCGGCGCUCUCCAGGCUCUCCUCGCACCAGGAGCUCCUCCAGGCCCUCUCUUCGAUGCACCGCAAGGGCGCCAACGUCCCGGUCGGCUGUGUCCCGCUCGUCGUCAAGUCGUGCGCGCUCUCGGCUGCGUCCUGCCAGGGCAGGCAGGUGCACUGCCACGCGCUUGUACGCGGGCUUCUCGGGGAUGUCUUUGUGCACACGGCCUUGGUGGAUUUCUACGCCAAGAACGGGGACAUGGGGUCUGCUGUGAGGGUCUUCGAGGAGAUGCCGGUGAAGGAUCCGAUACCGAUCAACUGUUUGAUCACCGGAUAUUCAAAGGCCGGCGACGUGGAUAAGGCCAGGAAGCUGUUUGAUGGCAUGUCCAGGAGGACGUCCGCUUCGUGGAAUUCAAUGAUCGCGUGCUACUCUCACCGCGGAGAGUUCCGGGAAGCGUUGACGCUGUUUGACCGGAUGCUGGGCGAGGGCGCGAGGCCAAACGCUAUCACCAUCACGACGGUGUUCUCGAUCUGUGCCAAGUCCGGUGAUCUUGAUACUGGAAAGCGGGUAAGGGCUCUGGUCGAGGAGGAGGACUUGCAGAACGUGAUAGUGCACACUGCUUUGAUGGAGAUGUAUGUGAAGUGUCGGGCUAUUGACGAGGCGCGUCAGGAGUUUGACCGUAUGUCGCGGAGAGAUGUCGUGGCAUGGAGUACUAUGAUUGCUGGUUAUGCGCAGAAUGGCAGGCCACAUGAGUCUCUAGAGCUGUUUGAGAAGAUGAAGGCAACCGAUUGCAGGCCAAAUGAAGUGACACUUGUUGGCGUGCUGUCUGCGUGUGCUCAGCUGGGUUCUGAUGAACUAGUAGAGCAGAUUGGGAACUAUGCCGAGAGCCAAAGACUGCCACUUACCAGUUACCUAGGAUCCGCACUAAUCGACAUGUAUACCAGGUGCGGGCAUGUUGGCCGAGCCCGUGGUGUCUUCGACCGGAUGGAACAAAAGGGGGUCAUCACUUGGAACUCCAUGAUCAGAGGCCUAGCAAUGAACGGCUUUGCAGAAGACGCGAUCGGCUUGUAUGAAAAGAUGGAGGAGGACGGGGUCCAGCCUAACGAGAUCACCUUUGUGGCACUGCUGGCAGCGUGCACACAUGCUGGCUUGAUAGACCAAGGCAUGUCAUUCUUUGAAGAGAUGAAAAGGAAACACCAUCUUUCCCCUCAAGUUGAGCAUUGCGCAUGCAUAGUGGACCUCCACUGUAAAUCAGGAAGUCUGUGGGAGGCGUACAAGUUCGUCUGUGACAUGGAGGUCGAACCAAAUGCAGUGAUCUGGACCACUCUGCUCAGUGCCUGCAGAGUCCAUGCUGAUGUUAAGCUCGCCAAGCUCGCCGCGAGCAAGCUCCUGUUAAUGGAGCCCGACAACUCGUCGAUCUAUGUCCUCUUGUCCAACAUCUACGCCGAUGCAGGUCUCUGGGGUGAUGUGAGGGAGAUAAGGGACCUGAUGAGGAGCAAGAACGUGCAGAAGCUGUCUGCCUACAGUUGGAUAAAGCUGGACGGUGAGGUGCACAAGUUCUUGGUGCAAGACACAUAUCACCCGAAAUCAGCCGAGAUUUACGAGGUUGUCGACAGCCUGGGGUUGCUGCUGGACCGAGCCGACUCUGAUCCCGACCUGCUAGUUUAAGAUUUUUUUGAACAACUCUAUGGAUCCCAUGACUUGAUCCGCACAGCGCAGAAGUAGAAUGUAGAUUGUGUUUUGUACUUUUGUUUUGAUUCAAUUAGCUUAGGGCUGGUUCCCGUGCCUCCUGGCUGCAUCCCCAGGUCAUCUCCUUCGACUCCUGCUUCGAAUCCCUCCCGUCCGCCAGCGUCCUCCCUAAUCUACCAACGGGCUAGCAAGCUGCGCAGGCGCAGCACUGCCAUCCACAGCAUGAAGGCAAUUGCAGUUUUCUUGCUCCUGCAGAUGCUCGAUCUUGACAAGCAAGGACUCGGAUAUCAAUUCCUAUCUCCCAAAGGGGCAUAGAAGUUAACAGUGGCCUGAAAAAUUCUUUCCCAAACGAUCUCUCUAUUCAGGUUACAGGUAUGUGUACAAGUCGAUCCAGUGUAGUUUUGAACCGAUCCUUUUUUGGACAUGUCCUCACAUAUUCAGUGUGUUUGAUAAAUGACUCUAGGUGGUAGAGUAAACAGUGGAGCUGUUCAGUAAUAUACCCUCAUGACUCGAAAUCAAGAAUUAUCAUUGGAAUUCCAUGAA